CCUCUACAGGGAUGUCAUGCAGGAGAACUAUGAGACGGUGGUCUUGCUGGGGUUUCCAGUUUCCAAACCUGAUGUGAUCUCGCAGCUGGAACGAGGGGAAGAGCCGUGGGUCCCAGACUUCCAUGACUCUGAGAAAAAAGUGCUCCCGAGAGCUGCCUGCACAGGGAGUGACCUAUGUCUGGAUUCUCUCUGUCUUCCAUCAGGUGAUGGGAUGGUGAGUGAGAAUGAGGAGAAACCCCGGCAGGAAGAUGCUGAGCAAGUAGAAUCCCAUGGGACGUUAUCAGGAAGAUCCAAAGGGAAUGUUUGCGGGAGUUGUGCACUCCCAGAAAAAGCAAAAGCCUGUGAGACUCAGGAGAGGCCACAGGAAAACUUUGGUAGCCACUCAGACCUUAUUACACACGAGAGAAUCAACUUGGAAGAGACACGCUACACAUGCCAUGAGGGCGGGAAAAGCUUCAAUCAGAGCUCUGCCCUUAUCACACAUCAGAGAAUCCACAUGGUUGAGAAAACUUAUCGAUGCUCUGAGUGUGGGAAACGCUUCAAUCGAAGCUCAAACCUUAUUAGACAUCAGAAAAUCCACACAGGAGAAACACCCUACACGUGCUCAGAGUGUGGGAAAAGCUUCAAUCAGAGCUCAAACCUUAUCACACAUGAGAGAAUCCACACAGGUGAGAAACCUUAUGGAUGCUCUGAGUGUGGGAAACACUUUAGUCUGCACUCAAACCUUAUCACGCAUCGCAGAAUCCACACAGGAGAGAAGCCCUACACAUGCUCUGAGUGUGGGAAAAGCUUCAAUCAGAGCUCUACCCUUAUCACACAUCGGAGAAUCCACACAGCUGAGAAACCUUAUAGAUGCUCUGAGUGUGGGAAAUGCUUCAGCUGGAGUUCACACCUUAUCACACAUCAGAGAAUCCACAUGGUUGAGAAACUUUAUGGGUGCUCUGAGUGUGGGAAACACUUCAAUCGAAGCUCAAACCUUAUUAGACAUCAGAAAAUCCACACAGGAGAAACACCCUACACGUGCUCAGAGUGUGGGAAAAGCUUCAAUCAGAGCUCAAACCUUAUUACACAUGAGAGAAUCCACACAGGUGAGAAACCUUAUAGAUGCUCUGAGUGUGGGAAAUGCUUCAAUUGGAGUUCAUACCUUAUCACACAUCAGAGAAUCCACAUAGUUGAGAAACCCUACUCCUGCUCUGAGUGCGGGAAAAGCUUCAAUCAGAGCUUACACCUUAUCACACAUCAGAGAAUCCACACUGGUGAGAAAUCUUAUGGAUGCUCUGCGUGUGGGAAAUGCUUCAAGCGGAGCUCACACCUUAUCAGACAUAGGAGAAUCCACACUGGAUAGACACCCUACACAUGCUCUAAGUUCAGGAAAUGCUUUGGAUAUAGCUCAGCCCUUACUACACAUCAGAGAAUCCACAGUGGAGAGAUGCCCUACACAUAGGGUACGUAUAUACUUACCUCCGGGUCCGGCGGUAAGCAAUCGAUCCCGGAAGUGCUCGCCAUCAACGGCGGUACUCCUGCUCCGCGAGAGGAGUACGCAGAGUCGACGGGGGAGCCUGCCUGCCGCGUGUGGACCCGCGGUAAGUUCGAACUAAGAUACUUUGACUUCAGCUACGUUAUUCACGUAGCUGAAGUUGCGUAUCUUAGUUCGAAGUGGGGGGUUAGUGUGGACCAGCCCAUACUCUGAGGGUGGGAAACACUUCAUUCAGAGCUCAACCCUUAUUAGACAUUAGAAAAUCCACAUGAGAGAGAACUAUAACAAAUGCCUUGAUUAGGGCUGGCCAAAGAUUUUUUUUUUUUUAAAUCACAUUUGUUAAUUCCUUCAUAGAGAUCUUUGCACCAUCUUCACCGUGGUGUCUCAGCUCCCCCAGAUGAGUUGCCUGCUUCUGCCUUUUGCAGCUCACCCUUCUUUGGGGUCAGUCCUGUGAUCUUUUCUAUCAACUCCUUUUUGAGUUGAAGGAGUGUGUGUCCCACCAGCCAGGAAUGUUCAUCAGUUCGAGGUGGGAGAGAGAGGUUUGAUCCCAACAAGCUACACUGAGGCAAAAACUACCUGUCCCUUACAUCCACUAGGACUGUACAUGGUGUUGGCUGCUCAAGUUAGUGAUCUUGGUGUAAAGAGACAAUUAUAAUUGUAGUGCAGAUGCAGCCCAGGUGCCGUGGUUGGCAUUAGCUUUCCCCUUGAGCUGACCUAAACUCCAUCACUUUUCCUAGUCUUAACAAACAUGCUAAGGGGAAGGAUGUAGGUUUAGAAGAUAAAAUAAAAAAAGAACAAAUUAAAAAUCAAUUAGAAAAGUUAGAUGCCUGCAAGUCACCAGGGCCUCAUUAAAUGCAUCUUAGAAUACUCAAGGAGCUAAUGGAGGAGGU